AUGCCUGAUGGCUGUGGUAAUGGGAGUGAGUUCUGUGAACAAGUCAAACAGGUGAUUAUGAAACAGAAAAAAAUGCGCCGCCAGGCUCAGGUCAAGAGUCUUAAGAGGGAGGCCAGGACGGACCAUCUCAUAACGAGUGACACGGCGCAUCUCUACUGCACGGCUCUUCGGCUCUCCUCCUCAGGGGCUACCUAUCAAACACUGCUAUCCGUGAGCUCGUGUCCCUGGAAUGUGUACGGAAAAAACUAUUCUGCCAUUUAUGUUUUCUCAGACAUGACCUCGGUCUCUCUGUGCACACAAAACUCCACCAUCGCUAACGUCUCUAAUCUCUGCGUGAUUCUGAACCUGACCAAUAUGGAUAUGGUUUUUGUGAAGUUAUCCAACUCUACAAUGUUCUUCAACAGUUCCACCACCAACGAGACGAUAGGAGGACUGUCCACAUGCUAUUAUGAAGUAAAGAUAUACGGGGGCAUUAUUCCAACGGCCAAACUCUUUCUCCGAAGCUACGGCAAUCACGGACAUGUCAAUGCCACGGCAAUCAGUCCCUUCAAAAUCCAGUUUAAGGUUAACUCGGACGUGAAAGCAGACUGUAGGCCAACCACGUGCUCAGUGUUGGGCAACAGAGUUGUCGACAUACUCGGUUUCAACACCUCAGUGUUUGACUAUUGUGCUUACAUGCUGCUGUCGGGCACCGGAUUAAAGCUGGGGGCAGUAUUUAGAGACCGUCGCCGUGGAGACUUUCCAUUGCUGGACCAUUUGAAGCUCAGUUUAACAGACACAAAUAUUACCCUGGGACCAGGGGCAGCACGAAUGCAGGUGAAUGGCUCUACAGUAAACAUCAGCACUGCUGUUAUGCCACAGGGAAUUAAUGUGUCUAGAAGCUCCAGCGGAAUCUCUCUUCACUACAUGGAAAAAUUUGAUCUGGUCUAUGAUGGCUACUCGGCAGCCCUCUACCUCAAAGACUUGACUGGAGAGACAGGUUUGUGCAUCAACUCUUCAGAUGUGCAAAACUCUAAUUCCUCUUUAUGGAGCGAGAAUGGAUGUGGCGCACUGUCCAUAGACUUUACGAAUGUUACCGAUGACUGUACCACCGCCCAACAAAGUUGUAUGCUCAUGAACAACACCCUCUUCUCCGCGUGCCACUCUCUGAUUGACCCCGCUCGGCUUAUGGGGAUUUGUCAGGAGGAUGUGUGUAAAUAUCCCUUAAAAGACGGCUAUGACUGCGCGUUCCUCCAAGCCUACGCCUCCGCCUGCUCCAUGUUUAACAUCACACUGUCCCAGUGGAGAACCACAGCAUCAUGUGCUACAAACGUGAGUCUCUGUCAGGAGACUUACUGCAGUGACCAUGAGUUCUGUGGACAACACAACUUAAACGAGGUGUGCCUCUGCCGCGCCGGGUUUAACGCCAGUGUCAACAGCACUUUAGGUGAGUCCACGAUGUGUUACAACAACUCCGCCUCCCUCAAUCUCACUACGUGCCUAUUGGUUGAGAAAGGAAUCAAUUACGAGGAGUUACGCCUCAAUGAUCUCAACUGUACCGGCCAAUUGGACCCAGUGACCCACAUGCUGCUCUUUGGGUUCGACUCUGGCAACAUGUGUGGGACCAAUAUCACGGUCCAAGGCGAUCAGCUGAUUUAUGAGAACAAAGUAGUGCUCACGAACAACAGCGGGAGUAUAAUCACACGCCAUGACCAGUUUGAGGUAAAGUUCUCCUGCAACUACAACCAGCCUGACACCCGGACUGUGGCCCUCAAGAUCAGAGACAGCUCUGUGGUAGAGACUGUUGUUGCUGGAAACUGGUCUUAUAAUUUGACCAUGAAAGCCUACAAGGACUCAACCCGGACCCAAGCCAUCACCCCGAACACGACGCUGCAGUUGAAGGAGCCAGUCUGGGUGGAGCUGACUGCCGAGGGAGUGGACCAAAACACAGUGUCCCUAGUUACAGACAACUGCUGGGGCACCAGUCAAAAGCUGGCCAACUCUACGCCUAAAUAUUACCUGAUCAAAAAUGGCUGUCCGAACGUCAAUGACUCCACAGUGACAGUCCAUGGGAACGGUGUGGGAAUCUCCAAUUACUUCUCCUUUCAAAUGUUCCAGUUCACCGGCGUCUCCACUGACGUCUACCUCCACUGCUCUGCGUCUCUGUGCGUGACUGCUAAUAACUGUACCCAGGUGGAGGCAGGACAAAAGCACCAUCUGCAGUCUGACUUUUUCAGGACAGCAUCCUGUCCAGGCACAGUCGUCCUGCCUUCACCAUUAGGAAGAUAG